UCAGACCAAGUUGUCAGGAAGUCGUUGCUGUCCACACCAUAUACCCAGCCUCCCAUGGUUGUGUUGUCGACCCAGCCGUGGGGUUUCCAGUUUGUAUGUACAUUGAAAGCCUUGGAUAACAUAUUUAAUUACUUUUGUGUCACAAUGAAAGGAUAUCAGUGACUUGUGGGAGAAAAGGUUUCCUUGAACUCCUCGGAAUGGACAACACUCCCCCAGUUUGCUGAAAUGGCAAGACUACGCCACAAAUUCAAAUAAACAUUGUUGAACGUCUUUAAAACCCGUAAGAACGUUUCAAAAGCCAUAGCAUGGAGAGUACCUCUGCAGAUGGGGGUGGCUUCCUCUCCAGAAUGGCCCUUAAUGACAACAAGGCUGGGAUGGAAGGUCUCGAUCGGGAAAGAAUCAACAAGAUCAUCAUUGAGUCCUCAAAGGGCUCUAGGUUCUAUGAGAAUGAGGCUAAAAAAGAGCUGCAGGUGAACCAGCGCAUUGAAAAGAUGACGCUCCAGAGGGCUCAGAUCACCGAACAGCAGCUUCAGAAAGCACACACUCAGGUAGAGAAGAUGGUGAAUGAGCUGGACAUGAGUCGAGAUCUCAGCCGUCUCAUCGUGCACGUGGACAUGGAUGCGUUCUAUGCCGCGGUGGAGAUGAGGGAUUGCCCCGAGCUGAAGGACAAACCUAUGGCUGUGGGAUCCAUGAGCAUGCUCUCAACAUCGAAUUACCAUGCAAGGAAAUUUGGUGUUCGUGCUGCAAUGCCAGGCUUCAUCGCCAAAAAGCUCUGCCCCAAUCUGGUCAUUGUCCCAUGCAACUUUGAUAAAUACAGAGCUGUGAGCAAUGAGAUCAGAAAGAUCUUUGCAGCGUAUGACCCUAAUUUCAUGCCCAUGAGUUUGGACGAGGCCUAUCUGGAUUUCACAGACCACCUGGAACAGAGGAUUAGCUGGCCCGAAUCCUUACGUACACACUGCCUGCACACGGACAUCACUGAGACAGGUGAACUGCAAAGCAAAGUUCCCCAGGAGUCUGAGCCGUGCGUGGAGAACCUCUCCCCCCUUUUGUUUGAGGACAGCCCCAGUAGCACGCCCAGCUUGCCUCCCUCGGGUGAGAAGGUGGAGUCUGGUGGAGGCUCGGAGGUGUUUGGGACCUGCGUGGAGGAGGCGGUGAGGGAGAUGCGCUUCCGCAUCGAGCAGAAGACCACACUGACCGCCAGUGCAGGCAUUGCUCCAAACACGAUGAUUGCCAAGGUGUGCAGUGACAAAAACAAGCCCAACGGCCAGUACAGAGUCCCCUCCAACAGAGAGGCAGUCAUGGACUUCAUCCAGACCCUGCCAGUCCGCAAAGUUUCUGGCAUAGGGAAAGUAAGUGAGAAGAUGCUGAGCAGUCUGGGCAUCACUACCUGUGCUCAUCUUGGCCAGCAGAUGGCUCUGCUCUCCCUGAUGUUUUCAGAGACGGCGUGGCAUCACUUCAUGAGGAUUUCCUUGGGUCUAGGCUCCACUCACAUGGAAAGGGAUGGAGAAAGGAAAAGCAUGAGUACAGAAAGAACAUUUAGGGAGAUGAGUGUGGUGGAGGAGCAGCUGUCUCUGUGCAGGGAGCUCUGUGAAGACCUGGCAGCGGACAUGAAGAAGGAAGGACUCCGGGGUAAAACGAUAACGUUGAAGCUGAAGAAUGUGAAGUUUGAGGUGAAGUCCCGGGCGUGCACUCUGCCCUGUGCCGUCGCCACGACUGAUGAGAUUUUUGCCGCCGCCAAGGAUCUCUUGAAAACCGAGAUAGAGAAUGUCAGUCCUCAGCGGCUCCAGCUGAGGCUCAUGGGCGUUAGAAUCUCCACCUUUGUGAGCGCAGAUGACAAGAAGCCCCAGCAGAAAAGCAUUGUGGGCUUCCUCCAGCAGGGCUCCUCCGGCCCGUCCCAUGGUAUCGUUCCAAACUCCGUGAAAGAGACGGCCUCCCACCUCCCCAUGGAGCGUCCUCCCCCUGCUUGCAGUCAUAUACUGGAGCAGCUGCCCCAGAAAGUCCCCAAGCUACAGGGUCUCCCAUGGGCGGCAGGGCAGACGGGGGCACAAGUCUCAGUGGCCGGUGAGAACCAGCCACAAUCUUUCUUCCAGAAGGCCUACGCCAAGAAGCUGAGUCUCCAGGUUAAGAGCCUGAGCGAGCCGGACAAAGGGCGGGGCAGUGUUUGCUCUGGGUCUACCCAGCCAGCAACGGACAAUCCAAAGAGCAGUGGCGCCGCGAUAGAGAUGCAUGAGUCAGCGCAAGGUCUUUGGGGAUCAAGUGGAAACUCAUCCAUCACCCGUGAGGAACCUGUCCGUGUGGCCCCCCCAGAGGCCAGCGCUUCCACCUCCGGCGCCGCGGCCCCGGACCCUGAGACCCUUACCUGUCCCGUGUGCUUUGGGGAGGUGAGGACCACGGACCUCCACGUGUUCAACAGACACAUAGACCUGUGUCUCAGCGGUGUCGCCACUGAGACACCCACAGAUACGGACUCGGAGUCGGACGGAGAUGGAGGUCCGAAGGGUUUUACCGUCAUAGACGAGGGGGUCCCGGAGAAAGGCGAGAACGAAGAGAGGCAGAAGAGGUCAAACCCGGAGGACGCCCUCAGUGCUUUUAAGACGUGUGGCGCUUUACGUGGUCCUAGUGUAACUCGGGCGGAGGACACGGGGGAUCCAGGCGCUAAGGAACGGCGCAGCGGAGACGAGCCCCUGAUGGACCACCACGGCUCUAGAAGGGUGCAUUCGUCUCAGAGGGCCUCUUCGUCGCACCGCGGUGACCCAGCAACGCAGAGCUCACGCCUCGAGGCGCCGCCCGGCCACGAAGGCUCCGCCCUCAUCUGCCCUGUGUGUCAGGUCCCCCAGAACACCCAUGACCUCACCGUCUUCAAUCACCACGUCGACCUCUGUCUGAACCAGGAGGUGCUGCACAUGCUCGCACCAUCCUCAUCGUCUUCUACUAUGCGACCUCCGGUCACGGCUAAAAGGGGGCAAGGUGAGUCAGAACUACACACGGCACGACCAAACAAAGGCAAAAGCAAAAGGCGAGGCCCACCUGCUUCCCCUCCUGCUAAGAAAGCCAAAGGCCGGGGCUCCCAGAACACCAUUGACAAGUUCUUCAUGUGACACAAUGGACUCCAGUAAGGAUACUGACAGCUCAUUGCGGUCUCUGACCUCAGCAUGAACACGUAUAACUCCAGACCCUUUUGACAGAGGUUAUUGUCGGGAAAACCCAGGUGUCACUCAGUGCACUAAUUAAGGGUCUUUUUUGUAGCAGGGCCACGUGCCAUGGUCAAUGUAUGAUGUCUUACCUAGUUUAAGAUAAACUAGCAUAAAAAAAGGAGCAUCCUAUGAUGAUGCCUCUGAAAAGGGUCUAUAAGUUAGAUGGAGGAUUUCUAAUUUGAUAUUAUCUUUUACCAAACCUUCAGUGGUUAAAGCAUCAGAACCCAAAAGUCAGUUGUCUAGUAUAACAAAUACAAAAAGUUUGUUCAAUAAUGUAUAGCCUCAGCAAUUUCAAAUUAUAGAUUUUACAUAAAUACAUUAGUUUACUAUGCAGUGGACUGGAAACUAUCUACAUUAAUGGAAAAAAAUUGUAACAGCAAUCAAGUGUUUUUUAUCUCAAAAUGUAAAGUAAGAAAAUACAUUUAUAUUUUUCAAACAAAUAAUAAUAAGUAACUGUCAAAUAUCUAUGGCCUUACUGUAUCCUAUCCAUAAACUCAGUGCUUGAGAUAUAAAUUAUUGACGAAUAUAAGUUGAUAGUUUAGUAGAAGCUAGAGUUUCAUAUCUGUCAAAGCAAUAUAGAGAACAUACCCUUUAGGGUAUUAUGCAUAUAUAUUGAAGGCUUAUCUAUGUGUGCACUGAGAGUUCAAGCAUUCUUUAUAUAUAUAUAUUUAUCUCUCCACCAAAAAGACAAGUUUGUGGUUUUGCCCCAUGUAUGUCUUACGUUAAUGAUGUAAUCAAGGUAUGGUAUGAAGAUGUAUUUAUUUGUAUAGAUAUUGAGCCAAUAAUCCUUUUCAAUUGCAAUAUUGAUUGCGUAGAAUAUAAUAAUGAUGUUUAAUAAUAUGAAGUUAUUGUAUUUAUUUCCUAAUUUAUAAUUCUGCGUGUCCAAAAUAAAUGAACAUAACAAGGCA